CAUUAAAAUAAUGAAGAUGGUGAUAUAUAAUUUUGUUUGGAUUUUAGGCUUUGUUCAGAGCGAUAAAUGUUUUGAUGACUUAAGCAUUGGUGUAACUGGGUCAUGGUUUUGUUGUAAUAAUCAUGAAGAAAUGAAUGACACAUGUGUUGAAUGUGAAAUUGGGUAUGUUUCAAAGGAUGGAUUCCCAUGUCAACCCUGUUCACUUGGACUCUGGGGAAGAAAAUGUAGAGACAUUUGUAGCUGCCAACACAAUGAAAGAUGUGAUAUUGUGUAUGGAUGUGUUGAGGUGACAACUGUUAUAACAGACAAGUUGGACAGUACUUCUACAGAUUCCAAGGAUACAACAUAUGUUAUGACGACAGUUGACAGUUUCUCAGCAAGUCAUAAAAAUGAAAAGUUGGAGAGUACAUUUACAGAGACAAAAGAAUCAACACAUGUUAUGACAACAUUUGAUAGUUUAUCAGCAGAUGACAAAAAGGAUGGAUUUUUUCUAAAAAGAGAACUUAUCAUAUAUUCAAUAAGUGCAGGAAGCAUAGUAGUAAUGGUUGCUCUAGCAUCAUGUUGUUUCAAAUACAAAAGGAAAGCUGAACAUUUAAAUAAAUCAAAAUUCCCAGGAACACACCAUGAACAAGUACCUUCCGAUCAAACAAAUGAUCAAUUUGAUGACGAAAGUAAUACUUAUGAAUCAAUUAAUGAAGAUAAUAUGAUUUGCAAUGGCACGUUUAUUCGCAGCAUUAUCGGAAGUGAAAAUAUUAAUCAUGAUGACAUUUAUCUAACAGUUGAACAAGAUGUAAGUGGUAGUUUAUAUUCUGAAGAAGAUUUAGCUGAUGCUGUCAAUAACGACUAUCUAAAUCCUUAUCAGCAUAUAAUAGAGGUCGAUGUGCAUGGUUAUCGACUUUUGGAGAGUGAGUCCAAUCAAAAAUUGGUGGAAAUAUCUCCAGAAAGUUCUGCAAGCAGGAUGGCUGAUCCACCAAGUGGAAAGGAUUGUUUUCAAACCACAGAUACAAACCCACUGACAAUAGGUGUACUUAUGACAACAAAUUCAGGAAAUUUUAAAGACAGAGAAGAAAAGCAAAGCAAAUUCUAAAACUCAAUUAUUAAUCAUCGUCUUGUAUUGGUAUUGCUUACA